AUGUCGCAUGUCGUGCAGUCCAACAGCCUCCCCUCAGGCGCGCAGCAGCAGCUUGUCAGCGCUCUCUCCCUCCUCACUGGUUUUCUAUCCACCCAGGAGGGAAGCAGAGGAGGAGGAAGGGGCACGUCUGCUGCUGCUGCUGGUCCGUCUGAUCCGGCUUCAGGGCACUUACUUAAAAUCCUGGAGGACGGGUCAAGAACCGGCGAGCUUCUAGCAGCUAAGAACCACGCCCGCCUCACCCACUACCUCUCCCAAGCCUCGGGGCUCCUCUCCAGCCUCGGCAGGCAGAGCGCCGGCGCCAACCCGAGCCUGCUUGCCAGCCUCGGUGGCGACCUUCGUGGUUCGUUGUCCAAUCAGGGUCGGACAAAUGGUUAUGGCAGUACACUGGGUGUGGAUCCUUCUGCUGCUGCUGCUGCGCCUGGUGCUGCUGCGCCUGGUGCUGCUGCGCCUGGUGUUGCUGCCUUGCCUGCGGCUUCUGCGUCGCCUGCUCCCAGCGCAGCAACAACCCUUGUGCCUCCAUCCGUUCCUCUUCCUCUUCCUCCUCCUGACGUUGCUCCUAUGCCGUAUCGCUUGCCCGGUGCUCCUGUACCAGCUCCUGCCCUUGCACCCACCGUAACUCCUCCGCUUGCUGCCUCUACUCCUCCUAAUCCAGCCCCCAGCACUUUCCCUUUUGAAGCGCUCGCCCAGUCUCUCGCGCUUGGGGGCCUUCAAUCCCACCCCAGCCUCUCCUCUCUCCCCGCCCUCCUGGCUGCUAUCUCCGCCCUUCAGCAAGGCAACCGCCUGCAGCAAACCAACGGCCCGCAGCACGCUGCAUCACCCGCUUCAGAGCAACAGGGCGCGAGCAGCGGAGCAGGUACGGAAGCUGCUCCGGCUGCUGCUGCCGCUCCUUCUGCUGGUGCUGCUGCUGCUAGUGCUGCUGCUGCUGGUGCUGCUGCCACUGCUGGUGCUGGUACUGCUACUGCUGCUGCUGCCACUACUGCUGCUGCAACUGCUGCUGCUACUGCUGCUGGGUCCUCUGCGGGGACAGGGGGAAGUGGGGGAGGGACAGGGGGGAGUGGGGGGAGUGGGACUGGCGCAGGUAGGAGUGGGGGAAGCGGGACCGGGACAGGGGUAGGGGGGAGUGGCGGAGGGGCAGUGGGGAGUGGCGGAGGGGCAGGGGUAGGGGGGAGCGGGGGAGGGACAGGGGGAAGUGGGUCUGGUGGGAGUGGGAGAGGGGCAGGGGGAAGUGUGGGGGCGGCAGGAGGGAGUGGGGGCGGGGCAGUGGGGAGUGGGGGAGGGACAGGGGGAAGUGGGAGCGGGGCAGGGGGAAGUGGGUCGGGGGCAGGGGGGAUUGCGGGAGGGGCAGGGGGGAUUGCGGGAGGUGGGAUUGGGGCAGGGGCGAGUGGGGGAGGGGCGAGGGGGUUGGAAGUUCUGGAGAGUCUGCGGCGGUCAGGGCCAAGCAUAGACCGCCUUAACUUUCAAGGCGCUGCUUCUGCCAUCCCUCCGCCCCCUCCUGCUUUUCCACAGGGAGAUCAUCGUCCCUCGGGGCUGGAAAGUGGGGGGGUGCAAAGGCCCGGGUUGCAAAGGGCAGGGCCCAGCAUAGACCAUCUGAAUCUGGAGGCAGCAGGGUUGGCUUCUCGCGCUGUUGCACUGCAUAGAGCAGGGCCGAGCUUUGGCUCUUUGAGUUUCCAAGGGGAAAUUCCCCUCUACAGGGGAGGUUCUGUUACAGGGGGAGGUCCCCCUACAGGCGAAGCCCGCCUCUAUAGGGGAGGCUCCGUUAUAGGAGAUAUAUCUCUACAGAGGGGUGGUUUGCCUUCAGGAGAGGCUCCGGUUUACAGGGGAGGUUCUAUUACAGGGGAGGUCCCACUGCAGAGAUUAGGCAGUGUGGGUACCCCGUGGGAGCAGGGAGGAGGAGGUGGGGUGCUUGGAGGAGGGGAGAGCGGGGUAAGAGAGGGUGGGAUAGUAGAAGGAUUAGAGGGUGGGGCGCGGAUGGGAGGAGCGGGAGGUUCUGAGGGAGUGGGGUGUGGGGUAAAGCGGGGAUGCGGAACCGUCCCUGCCACUGCUGCCACCGGAGCUAUCGAUAAAGCCGAAGCUGGCCUCCGCCCUGCUGGACACAGGCCGUCAGGCUUGGGAAACUCAGGCUCGGCAGGUGCAGGUGCGGGGGAUUUUGGCUCGGGAAGUCCAGGUCUGGAGAGUGGAGAUUUGGAAUGGAGGGCGAGCAUGGGGUGUGAAGCUAACAGCAUGGGUGUUUUCAAGGGGGGAGGAGUGGGAUUGGGGACUGGCAUGGACAUGGGGGUGGGUGAGCAAGGGAAUAGGGGGGGUGAGGGAGUGAUUUUGGGAGAUGCCCGUUCGGGCAGGGCUGGUGGGCUGCUCCCUUCGAGUGGCUUUACUGGCAGCGGAUUGGGCGGCAGCAGGCUGGCCGGCAGCAGGAUGGGCGGCGGUGGGCUGGCCGGCAGUGGGUUGGGCGGCGGUGGGCUCGGGGGGAGUGGGCUGGGCGGCGGAGGGCUGGGCGGCGGGUCGCGGUUGGCUCGUAGCGUGGUGUGGAGCAAAGAUCAGCUGAAGGAGAUUGAGCAGAUGAAAGAGACUAUGGCUGAGAUGGACGAGGAGGGGGAGGCGGCAGGUGCUGCACGGGAAGCACGGUUAGGGGAAGCACGGUUAGGGUUAGGGGCAUGGGCAGGAGCAGGUGCAGCUGGAGGAGAGGGAGCAAGCAGUGGCGAAGGGGCCAGAGCAGCGGCAGGGUCGUGGGCUGGUGCUGAUGCCUCUGCUGGCAAGACGCUGACUGGCGAUGGGGGCGGGAGGCGCCUGGAAAGAGGACGGAGCGGAGUGGGGAAAAGUGAUGAUUGGGAGGGGUUACAGAGGGGAGAGAGCUUGGGGGGGGAACUGGGGGGAAACAGCUCAGGGUUGGACUUGUAUUCGUUGGAUGGGGUGGGGGAUGAGGGGCAGGCAGGGGGCGGCAGGGACGAGGGAAGGUGGGGGAGCGAUGGUGGGGAGGAUGGUGAGGGUAUGGAGGGGGAAGGCAUGGAGGAGGAGGAGGAGGAGGACAGGAUGGAUGCGCACGGUUACAACAAUGGGCGGAUGGACGGGGGUGAUUUGGGCGGGCGGAUGGAGGGGAAUGGGCUGGGCGGGCCGGUGGACGGGUGUGCGAACCGCAAGCCGGGGCCGAAGCGGAAGGAGGGGCCAGUCAGCCACUUCUGCCAGAACGCACGGAAGCGGAGGGAGCGGUUGACGAGGCACAUAAGGGCGCUGGAGAAGCUGGUGCCGCAGAGGGCUCGCAGCGAUGCUGCCUCCGUUCUCGAGUCCGCCAUCUCCUUCAUCAAACGCCUCUCCCGGGACAACCAGGACCUGCGCAGGGAAAUGGCGACGCUCCGGCCUUCAUCCGAGGCCCAGCCGGCACACUUCAUGCCAACCCCUCCCCUCGCUGCCACUGCUGCUGAUACUGGUACUGGUACUGGUGCUGGUACUGGUACUGGCACUGCUUCGGUUUCUGCUGUUCUCGAUGCAGCUCCUUCCUCUGCUGCUGUGUUGGGUUCUCUGACAAUCCCUAUGGAUCCCUCUAGUCGUGCACUUGUUGCUUCUUCUGCCGCUGCUGCUGCUGGUGCUGCUGGUAUCGCUGCUGCUGCUGCUGCUGCUGCUGCCAGCCCUGUUUCUGCUUCUGCUUUUGCCCUUGGUCGUGGGUGCAGCAAUGCACUCUCAGAUCCCAGUUAA